CACACUGUGAAAUGAAAGUGAAAGUAGGUGGCAGAAGCCGACCCAAAGUCCACUGGGACAUCACAACGUCAAACGAUGGCAGCGUCACACAAUGAGAGUUUGCAGAAAUUGUUCAGAAAUCUGGCCAUUCCUGUUGGGUUAUCUGCAGCAGCUCUAGGCACCGUGUACUUCCUGAGGAAGUUCGGAAUAAUUUAUCAGCUAUUUCACAAGGUUGACAGCAAAACGAAGAGAAAUGGUGGCGACAUUGUGGCUGAUGUCCUUAAGGCACAUGGAGUAAAGUACGUGUUUACACUCGUAGGAGGACAUAUCUCCCCGAUACUUGUAGCGUGUGAGAAGCUGGGAAUACGAGUUGUAGACACAAGACAUGAGGUGACUACAGUUUUUGCGGCAGAUGCUGUAGCCAGAAUGUCUGGGACCAUAGGUGUAGCAGCUGUCACCGCUGGACCAGGUUUGACUAACACUGUCACUGUCUCUAAUGACACAUUGCUGACAGUACCGGUUUUAUAUAUUCGGUAGAGGGUAAUUUUAAUGUUACAGGGUAGAGGAGCACUCCAGGAUAUAGACCAGAUGUCGCUGUUCAAACCUUUGUGUAAAUACUGCGCCUCAGUAACAAAGAUCAGAGACAUCGUACCCACACUGAAGAAAGCUCUACACGAGGCACAGUCUGGGACCCCAGGUCCAGUGUUUGUUGAGUUCCCCAUCGACACACUUUAUCCUUAUGAAACAGUUAGACGGGAGAUUGGAACGAAAGAGAAGGGACCUGUAAGCCUAAUCCAGAGGGUAAUCAACUGGUAUCUGAUGAACCACCUUAACAAUCUGUUUGCUGGUGCAUUUGAACCCCGUGACAUGUCACCUAUACCUGUCAAUCAGCAGAAAGCCACACCCUCUCAAGUUCAGAAGAGCAUAGAACUGAUCACCAAGGCAAAAAGACCAGUGGUUCUGGUGGGAAGUCAGGCAACCCUCCCUCCCAUACCUGUAGAUCAACUCAGAAAGGCCCUGGAGGACAUGGGGAUCCCUUGUUUCCUCGGGGGGAUGGCCCGAGGACUGCUGGGGAGGUACAGCCCGAUCCAGGCCCGCCAGAAAAGAGGGGAGGCACUCAAAGAGGCGGAUCUUGUCAUCAUGGCAGGGGCAGUUGCAGACUUCCGACUCGGAUAUGGGCGUGUCCUCAACAGACGUUCUAAAAUUAUCACCAUUAACCGCAGCAAGGAGCAGCUGUAUAAGAAUUCAGACAUGUUUUGGAAGCCUACUGUAGCUAUAGAGGGAGAUGUAGCCAGCUUUAUUGUCCAAAUCUCCCAGGGACUGAAGGGAUACAAGUGUGACCCUGACUGGAUACAGAAACUCAAGGACAAAGAUGAAGAAAAGGAGAAGGCCAAUAGACUGAAGGCUGAUGAGAAAACGGAUCAGCAUCUGAAUCCCCUGAAGGUUUUACACAUUGCGGAGGAAGUAAUGUCUGAUGAUACAGUGAUGGUGGCAGACGGGGGCGAUUUUGUGGCAACCGCUGCAUACAUCCUCAGGCCCCGGGCCCCCCUUCACUGGUUGGACCCUGGAGCCUUUGGUACCCUGGGGGUUGGGGGAGGAUUCGCCCUGGGGGCUAAGCUGUGUCGCCCCGACUCUGACGUGUGGAUUAUCUAUGGUGACGGCUCCCUUGGUUACAGCAUUGCAGAGUUUGAUACCUUCACCAGACACAAGAUACCUGUGAUGGCUUUGGUGGGUAAUGAUGCUGGAUGGACACAGAUUGAGAGAGAACAAGUCCCUAUGUUUGGUAGCAGUGUAGCCUGUAAAUUAGCAUUCACUGACUAUGAGAAGGUUGCUAUUGGUUAUGGUGGUAUGGGACUGAGGCUGGACAGGAGUAAUGAGGACAAGAUUCGCGAGGUCCUAACGGAGACAAUAAAACGGAACAAAGAAGGAAACAGCGUCCUAGUCAACGUUCUCAUCGGGAAGACAAACUUCCGAGAGGGAAGUAUAUCUGUCUGAGGACUCCCUCGUAAACUGUGUACAUAUACAAACCAGAAGUUCAUGUCUACAUUUAAUUAUCUGUGUUCAGCUGUACAUGACUAUAACUAUUAAGUAGAUGUCCUUUUUAUCACAAGUCUUUUUUUCAGAAAGAGUUACUUCUAAACAUUAUUCAAGCUCAUGUCCUGAUUAUUGCAAUUUCUUUCAAAAUGAAUUCCUUUGAAAUAUGUAUACAUCAGCUCCAUCUUUCCGUGUCUGUGAUAUAUUUUUAUACAACACUCCACAAAACAUCAUCAUCUUCAGUGUUAUCAGAACAAAUUUCUAUUAAAAUAUUUAAAGUCUGA